UCGUGUUGGUGUGCGUAUGCCGGUUUGCCGGUCCACGCGCGCCAACGCUUCGAGCGCACGCGAGAGACGCGUAAAGGGGAUUUGUGGUGCUACGGUCGAAUGGUCCGUCAGUAGGAAUCGGGAUUUCGUGUGGUUUGGAUGUAUCGUUCCGAAACGUGCUGUUGCAUCCCGCAGUCGUAGUGCACGACACGUGUAGCACGUGCUCACAACGUUUGACAUAACUUAUACAUUCGACGCACACGUGUCUCUUACCAGCUGGAGGACAGGAGAAUUAUCGCGAAAAAAAGGAUCUGUCAGCGCGAUGAUCGCCCUUUCAAAAAGCUCGUUGCCAGGAUAAAGCGCAAAACGGGACAACAGCGGCAUCGGUAAGAGACAGAUACAUCUAUUCUUGGUGCGAGAGGUUAUGGAAAAAUCAAGACUGUAAUCUCGUUUGGAUAUCCUGCGCGCUCGCAGGACGCGAGUUCAACGAACGAAGAAGGUGGACGAGCAAAAAGCGUGACCGCAACCGGCGUUAUCGGACAACCGCCUUGACGAAUCAAUAAAUUCCCGAAGAGGAAACCGCAGAGAGAAAUUAGAUUGCUGUUUGAUCGGCCAUUGUACGCGCGAUCAUUCGAGUCGUCGAGUUGCAGAGUGUGUUUUUUAACUACAUCGGGAACCACAAAAGGAAAGGAAGAAGUUGACAAGAGCACAGAGAGAAAAAAUUAACAGAAAAAUGGCACACGAAAAUGGGAUAAACGGUGGGGACACCGACUCGGAAUCGAUGGAGCUAAAUCCUGUGAGGAGAACCAGAUUUCACGUGAACCGGGUCGACAGUCUCGAAGGUCGGGCCAGUCUCCUUGGCGAGCAAGAAACCAAGAAAUCCCUCAGGCACAUGACCAGGGAGGCCUUGCCCAGACUAGACAAUUACAGGAACAUCAUGAGCAUCCAGGCGGCUCACAGACCUUCGUUGGACGAGUUGCACAAUCCCACUCUUCUCAACAAGGGUCCAGGAUCGCACACGUUAACUGUUCCGCAAGUAAAAUCCAUGACGCCCGGAGUGAAGUUUGGAUGGAUUCAAGGAGUGCUUAUGCGAUGUCUCCUCAACAUCUGGGGAGUAAUGCUCUUCCUACGACUCUCCUGGGUCGUGGCGCAAACUGGAGUGGGUCAAAGUAUUUUAUUGAUUCUCACGACGACAGUAGUCACGACGAUCACAGCCUUGUCGAUGUCAGCAAUCAGCACCAACGGUCUCAUUAAAGGAGGUGGAACGUAUUACAUGAUUUCCAGGUCAUUAGGACCCGAGUUUGGAGGUUCUAUAGGUCUCAUAUUUUCUUUGGCGAAUGCAGUCGCCUGUGCCAUGUACAUAGUCGGAUUUUGUGAGAGUUUGGUGGAUUGUCUUCGUUCCGGAGGCUUUUGUAUAGUUGAUUGUGCAAUCACAGAUAUUAGGAUCAUAGGUUGCAUAACAAUAGUUGUGCUUCUAAUAAUCGUAAUAAUCGGCCUGGAAUGGGAAGCGAAAGCACAAGUAAUCUUGCUAAUAAUCCUCCUCUUGGCUAUCGGUGAUUUCAUGAUCGGCACCUUUAUCGGUCCCAAGAACGAACAAGAGAGAGCUAAAGGGUUCAUCGGAUAUAACGGCGACCUGUUCAAGGAGAAUUUUUAUCCAGACUAUAGAUAUAGCGAAGGCGUGAAACAUAAUUUCUUUUCAGUCUUAGCUAUUUUCUUCCCAGCGGCAACAGGUAUCCUGGCAGGUGCGAAUAUAUCCGGUGACUUGAAGGAUCCGCAAUCAGCGAUACCGAAAGGCACUCUAUUAGCGAUUGUGCUGACGUCAAUGUCAUAUCUGAUGAUGGCGAUCAUGGUCGGGGCUACCGUUAUGCGAGAUGCAUCUGGCGACAUUAAUGAUUUAAGGACGACGUACAAUUUUUUUGCGAGUACGCUGUCGGUAUUUGGCGCAGACAAUAGCACCGUAAUCAAAAAUAGUACAGCUAUCAUCGAGACCAAUCGCACUUGGAUAUAUCAAACUGCUUUUAACUGCACCGGAGGAUGCGAAUACGGCAGCCAAAAUAGCUUCGAGGUGAUUCAACUAGUUUCCGGUUUUGGUCCUAUCAUCUAUGCCGGUUGCUUCGCGGCUACAAUUUCAAGUGCCUUAGCAUCGCUAGUCUCAGCGCCGAAAGUAUUCCAAGCGCUUUGCCUCGACAAGUUAUAUCCGGGAAUUGAGUGGUUUAGUGGUGACAAAGACAAAGAGCCGAUUCGCGGUUAUUUGCUCACUUUUGUCAUUGCUGUCGCUUUUAUCUUGAUCGGUGAAUUAAACGCGAUUGCACCACUCAUCUCGAAUUUCUUUUUGGCUGCCUAUACUCUCAUUAAUUUCAGUACCUUUCACGCUUCCCUUGCUAAGCCGAUCGGAUGGCGGCCAACUUUCAAGUAUUACAACAUGUGGCUUAGCCUUGCUGGCGCUAUUCUUUGUGUUUCUGUGAUGUUCCUGAUCUCAUGGUGGACGGCUCUAAUAACGUUAUGCGUAGUUUUAGCUCUAUAUUUAAUAGUCUCAUACAGAAAGCCUGAUGUAAAUUGGGGCUCAACUACACAAGCCCAGACGUACAAUAAUGCGUUGACCGCUGUGCAACAAUUGGACCGAGUGGAGGAGCACGUGAAAAAUUAUAGACCGCAACUCUUGGUUCUCACCGGUGCGCCGAACACGAGAUCCUCGCUUGUCGAUUUCGCUCAUCAUAUCGCCAAGCAUCAGAGUUUAUUUAUUUGUGGCCAUAUUAUCGAGCCACCCAUAUCGUAUAAGACGCGCAAUAGUAUGCUGCAAAACUGUUCUUCCUGGCUCAGAGCUAACAAAAUUAAGGCGUUUUACUCCUUAGUGGACGGCGCAAGCUUCCAAGAUGGUGCUACUUCUCUUUUACAAGCCGCCGGCCUCGGAAAAAUGAGGCCUAAUAUUCUGUUAAUGGGUUAUAAACAAGACUGGGCCACCUGUCCUCAAGAGAAUCUGAAUAUGUACUUCAAUCUUAUGCACAAAGCUCUAGAUAUGCAUAUAGCAGUAGCGCUUCUUCGGCUUCAGGAAGGUUUAGAUUGCAGCACAGUCGGAGAUGCCGAAGAACAAAAGAAACUCGCGCCUACAUCGAUACCAGGCAAUCAAAGUUUCUCGCAGCUUAGCCAAGCUAGUAGUGUAUCUGAUAUAUCGAUUCCUGGCAGUCCUGCGCCGAGACGUUCGAAAGCAAUUAACGAGUAUCCUAAUCCGCCCACCGAAGAGCAGCGCGAAAAUCGAUCAAAUAUAGCGCCAAUCACGAAUAUACUUAAUGUAGUGACCAAAUUUCAGCGAAAGCACAAGAAAGGUACUAUUGAUGUGUGGUGGCUAUACGAUGAUGGUGGCUUGACGCUUCUUUUGCCCUACAUUAUUAGCACAAGACGUAAUUGGUCCAAUAGCAAAUUAAGGGUAUUCGCGCUCGCUAAUAAAAACUCUGAAUUGGAAUAUGAGCAAAGAAGCAUGGCGAGUCUGUUAUCGAAAUUCCGGAUAGACUAUUCCGCACUGAAGGUCAUACCGGAUAUUUCGAAACCAGCACAAACCAGUACAAAGACAUUCUUCGAUUCGUUAAUAGCUGGCUUCCAGGAAUCAACGGAUUCGAAGAAUUCGGACGACGAUGUUAUUAAAGAUUCGGAACUUAUGGCGAUGAAAGAAAAAACUAAUAGACAUCUCCGUUUGCGUGAAUUAUUACUUGAAAAUUCUAUGGAAGCUAACUUAGUCGUUAUGACACUUCCAAUGCCUAGGAAAGGUGCUGUGUCAGCGCCUCUUUACAUGGCGUGGCUAGAGACGCUUACACGCGAUAUGCCACCGUUCUUACUAGUGCGGGGUAAUCACACGUCAGUUUUAACGUUUUAUUCAUAAUGGUUGACGAAAGAUUUAAAUGCAAAAAUACGGUUGUCGCAGUUAUUGACAACCGCAGUAUUAAAAGCGAAAAGAAAGACUUUUAUCAUCUGUAUAUGCAGAGAAAAUUGAUUUGAUUAUUGCAGAAAUCGAAAGUGAUAAACAUAUAUAACGCUAAUGACAAAUAUCAUGCUUUAUUUUAUUAUUGCUUUUAUGAGUAAAAUGGGUGAAUUACUAUUGAAGACUAUAUGUGCCUAUUAUAAGUAAUCUCAAAGAUAUUUAUGUCAUACAUCUUUUUAAAUGACUAGGAUAUUUUUCUACUUCUAAAAAACUCGACAAAUUCGUAUUGUAAAAAAAAAAAAAAAAAAAAAAGAAUUAUGCUUCGUAAAGUAAAUGAUAAAAAGUGAUAAAUAUAAUUUGUAACAUGAAAUUGUUCAUACAACCUUUCUGCGUCAUAUUUUAAAUUAAAUUUUUUAAAUAUGGGAAUAUAUUUAAAAAAAUAC